AUGUCCAAAGAGAACAGGAAGGCUUUGAGGGACAAGGCCAAACUACAUGGGAAGGAAAUAGUGAAGAUCACGGUGUCCAAAUCCAGCAACAAGGUCCAUGAACCACCCCCCGAGUGCUGGAGAUUCGCCAACUUGGAGCCCAUGGUGGAGUUCAUUAAUUCCGCUGUGCAGUCAGGAAGGUACACACCGGAUCCUGACAUUCCAAUUCAGGCUGUGGGCCCCUUAAAAUCUGUGGUAUGCACAGAUCCCGUUAACUUUUAUGUUCUGAAAUGCCCCUUGCCACCAACCCAAUGCCUGGCCCUGACUGGCCUUGCAAAUCGAGAAAAUGAUGUGUGCCUGGGCCUGGAGCAGAAGCUGAGGGAUGUGUGGCCAGGGCAGUGGGGUGAAUUGUUGGAUUUUACCGAGUUCGACUUCGAUCGUGAGUUGGAGAAAGUUCGGCAACGCAUCCCAACCGGCACCAAAGCCAUCCAGUACAUGGAGAUCGCCACCUGGUUCAGUGCGCAUUGCACCAAGCAAAUCCACUACCUGUCCUUUUCCGACUCUGUUUUUGGUCCGGAGGCACCAGAAAUUACUAUGGAAUAUGUGGCUGAAAUCAAACCCAAAGUCAUUGAGUGGAUCUCGAUGGGGGAACAUGAGAUCGAUAAGGCUAAUGGUGAUGAUGUGGGUUAUGAACAUUUCUCAAGGAUCUUGGAGGUGCACAGGCAACAAGAGCUGGUGAAAAUGGAGAUCCAGAAGGCUACCAAAACAUUCGAACAGCAGUCAGUGUCGAUUGAAAAGGCCAAGUCCCAGAUGUUGGCAAAGUGGUCUGGGUCCAUUGGGGUUUCUGAUCCUAGAGCUCAAAAAUUGGAUGAAUGGGCCGCAGAAAAAAAGAAGGAUGCCUACAUGCUCGUUACCAAACACUCGGAUGAACUCAAGCGGUUGGAGUCACUUGUGGAUUCCCACAUCUUCCAGCUGUUGCAAUUGAUAGCAGGUCAUGAUCAGAAGCACACUGACCCAGAAUGUGAUGCCCUAGUGCAGGAGCUUGAUCUCAAAUUUCAGGCUAUGUUUCUUGAGGAACCGCCACCCACAUCCACUCCAAACACACCUGUGGAGAUGAGUGUGGAAAGGGCCGCUUUGGAAAAGAUUCGUGAAUUGCCGGAUGGUCCUCAAAAAUCGGCCUUGCUUGCAGUUCUUGAAGCCGCAGUGGCAACACCUGCUGAGCCGGUUGCUCCGCCUGAAGCUGUAGCUAAUGGUGCUGAUCUUUCUGACCUUCCUCAUGUGGCCGAGGGUGUAUUGGGGAGGAUGGAUACAACUCAACUGGAGGUGGGAUCUGAGGCAAAAACCUUGCAUGAACAAUACAAAGACGAUCCAGAUGCCAUUUUCCAGCCAGAUGGGACGGUCAAGUUCAUUGGCCCCCGUGGGGUUGAAGAGGAUGACUUCAUCCAAAGUGGUGAGAACUGGAUGGACAGUUCUUUGCUGGCAUCCCUUCAAAAGUCACAUUCUCAAAGGAGAAGGGGAAAACACGUCAUGAUGCCAUACCGAGAUGUCAAGCAAAAGUUUGGGCUGGCCAUUGCCUCCCAAAUCCUUCAAGAGAAGCAAGCCCAAGAGAAAGACAAGAAGGCCAAUGAUUCCACCAUAUACUUCAUGCCUCACCCAGAAGCAAAGGGGAAUGAAGAGCAAGAUCAGAUGGGCUCGCAAAUGGACAGGAUGAGGUUCUCCUUGGAUGGCAGUGAUGAAUAUUUGCAACUGCCAGUGUCAACAGCCCGCUUGCAGAGAUCAGCCCUGGCAAGGGGCAUUACCCUCUUUGGCUAUGGGGAGAUGAAUGUAGUUCAGUCCUUGACGAACUUGUUCAAUGAAGGCAUCGUGAUGCCUGGCGGUGAGUGCAUGCAGUACGCUGUCAUGGAGUAUGAAGUCGAGCUUUUUGGAAGCCUUGCUCUGGAGGAAUCAGAUCGGCUUAUGAUUGCUUAUGGAAGGCAUUCAAUGCCUAAGUUUCGACCUUGGCGCCUGAGAUCACGAAACCACCCCUGGCCUGAAUUGCAGAGCAAGGCCUACAAUGCUCGCUGUGUGUUGGCCUGGCUUUGCCAUGAAGUGGUUCUGCUGGCCAAUGGUGGCCAAUAUGUGCACGACAGGUGGAUGCCCCUUCUUGCAUCAUGUACGUUCCACCUGGCUGAAUGGCAUCGGAAGACAGAGUUGCUGGGAAGGCAAAAUGGCCACCACAAUCUGGCUGAUGGUGACAGCGAAUCGAGUGGAGUGGAUGAUCGAUAA